AAUUACUUUUCUUUCUAAUUUUCUUCGAACUCACAAAAUUUCCUAAAUUGUUUCUUCGGACUAAAGACAUGGAAGAGAAUUACAAAACCCUUGAAAUCGUUGAGAAAACCCCCAACUCUCGAGUCGUCUACCUAUACCUAAACCGUCCAUCGCAGCGCAACGCGCUGUCACGUGAUUUCUUCUCCGAAUUUCCCAAGGCCUUAUCUUUGCUCGACCAAAACCCUAAUGUCAACGUGAUUGUUCUCGCCGGCUCCGGCGAUCAUUUCUGUUCCGGCAUCGACCUAAAAACUCUAAAUUCAGUCACUGAUCACUCCUCCACUGCCGACCGCGGGCGCUCCUCCGAGCGUCUCCGGCGAGAUAUCAAGUUCUUGCAAGACGCGAUCACCGCCAUCGAGCUGUGCCGGAAGCCGGUGAUUGCCGCUAUCCACGGGGCGUGUAUUGGAGGAGGCAUUGAUAUUAUCACCGCCUGUGACAUUAGGUUUUGUACGAAAGAUGCCUUUUUUUCUGUCAAAGAGGUUGACUUGGCGAUCACAGCGGAUCUCGGCACGUUACAGAGGUUGCCCGGGAUCGUUGGGUUUGGUAACGCGAUGGAGUUAGCGUUGACGGGUCGACGAUUUUCGGGUUCGGAAGCUAAGGACUUGGGUCUGGUUUCUCGGGCUUUCGGGUCGAAGACAGAGUUGGAUGCGGGUGUAAGACAUGUUGCUGAGGGAAUUGCUGCGAAGUCUCCUCUAGCUGUCACUGGGACAAAGGCAGUCUUACUAAGAGGCCGAGACAUGACUGUGGAUCAAGGUUUAGAUUAUGUUGCAACUUGGAACUCUGCUAUGCUUUUAUCCGAUGAUCUAAUGGAGGCUGUGUCAGCACAAAUCCAUAAAAGAAAAGCUGUUUUUGCGAAGCUCUAAUGGUGGGACAUGCACUUGUGUGAGGUGUUGUUUGUUUUAUUUCCCUAGAUCUUGAGCUCUUGAUUUGGGAUAGGACCAGAAUAUGAUAAAGCUACCCAGGAUGUACGUCUAUGUCAAAUGUUGUAUGCGAGAAGAAGCAUUUUAACCCUUUAAACACGAGAUACUAUUCCACGCACAAUUUUACACCAUAGAAAAGAAAUAAUAUUCUUUAUCUAAUUUAUUCAAGAAAACUACAUUUUUCCCC